AUGAACGUGCAACGGUGCAAUCUUGCGGCUCGGCUUGCUCUGAUAGCGGUGCUGCUGCAGCUCAUGUUGCUCUGCAGCACAUGCAAUGGAUACAUGAUAAUAGCAGGCGAAGAUGACGAACCGGGCAAGGUACUGUUCAACUCGUCCGUGUACAAGCUCGGCUCGGAGCGGCAGUACAAAAUCAACGCACACAAAUCGGCCCACUACGUGCACCAUCUGCUGCGGGUCGAUCCGGACAAUGGGCAAGUGAGCCUGAGGCGAAAGCUCAAGUGUGACGGCAUCUACUAUCCCACACUGUUUACGUUUUACGUCGACUCUACCUCGAACCGGUUGCGUAGUAUAGACUAUUACAGCUUACCGAUCAGGAUAUUUAUCGUGGGGCGCAAUUGUUCCGACCAGGACGAAACGGUAGCUGCCAGUUUUCGGAAGUUUUUCGAAGAGGACGAUACCGGCUAUCAUCACUACCAGCGAUACAGACGUGGGGCGGUGUAUCGCUUAGCAACGCCCGUGGAUACUCCGCUAGAGGUGCGCGAAGAGGAUGAAACGGAGCAGAAUGAUCAACGCAUGUACGGCGAGUAUUUGGGCGAUCGGUUCCAUUACUAUCGCGCCGAGUAUCCGUGGUUGGCAGCGACGAGCGUUACCAACUAUACGACAUUCCGCGAAGGGGACAUACUGUUCGAUACCGUGCUGGAGAACGAGUAUCGGCACGACAUUAUAACGCGCAAGCGGCGUGAAAUUCGCGACCUACCAGCGGACCGGAUACAUCGGAAAAUCGCCGACGCCAAGCAGUGGAUCUCCGAAACGUACGCUUCGUAUGCCAUCCACUCGACGGACAAGUGGAAGCACAUUUGUCUCAAGAAGUCACAGUACAUCAACUCGAUCAGUGCGUUUCUGCCCAAAACGGUGCUUCACCACUGUACGGUUCGGUACUUGGAUGUGAAUGACGAACGGUUUGAGAUCGAAACGCGCACUGGUGAUUUGAUUGCUACCGGCGAUCUUUGCAUACCGGAAACACUCUGGAAGGUGAUCAUAACGUAUAGCGUGAGAUGUGACCGGAAGGAUAUUAUCGAUGCCGACCAUCGGCUGAAGAUCGUGUACCAUCACCAGGAGCUGAAUGAUACGGACAUUGCCAAGCGCGUUCGGAGGGAGUUGCGCAAUCAAAGUCCCUACUUCGAACAGGCACUGUACGUCGCCUCCGUGCUGGAGGAACAACCGUCCGGUGCGAACGUUAUCACGGUGCGGGCCCGCGAUCCAGAAGACUCGCCGGUGGUAUAUUCCCUCGUCUCGCUGCUAGAUUCCAGAUCGCAGGCAAUGUUUAAGGUCGAUUCGCGUACCGGCAUCGUCACCACUUCCUCUACGCUCGAUCGUGAACUGAUGGACGUACACUACUUCCGUGUUAUAGCGACGGAUGACAGUUUCCCGCCGCGUUCCGGCACGACCACACUGCAGGUUAAUGUGCUCGAUUGCAACGAUCACACGCCGACCUUCGAGGCGGAACAGUUUCACGCGACGGUCCGCGAGGGUGUUAGCGUUGGUUCGACGGUAAUAACGAUACGGGCCACGGAUCAGGAUAUCGGUAAGAAUGCCGACAUAGAGUACGCCAUCACAAGCAUCAUCGGGGAAACGCAGGAACAAACCGGCACGGUACUGGAUGGAGGUGUCGAUACACCCCAUCCGGUGGAGAACGAUAGUGGUGGUGAUGCGCAAAAAUUCCGCAUCGAUGCACGCAGCGGUACGAUAUCGACACGAAGCGCGCUGGAUCGAGAAGUGUCGGGCAUGUACACGAUUAUGGUAACCGCAACCGAUAUGGCUACACCGCAAACGGAACGCAAAUCGGCCACCACGACUGUGUUGGUGAAAAUUCUGGACGACAACGACAACUAUCCGCAGUUUAGCGAACGUACGUACACGGUGCAGGUGCGCGAAGAUCAGUGGGCGAAUGAAAAUAACGUGGUUGCCCACAUCCAAGCGACGGAUGCCGAUCAGGGAAAUAAUGCUGCAAUUCGAUAUGCAAUCAUCGGUGGAAAUACGCAAUCACAGUUUUCCAUUGAUUCCAUGAGUGGUGAUGUGUCGCUGGUGAAACCGUUGGACUACGAAAGUGUGCGAAGCUAUCGGUUGGUGAUCCGUGCGCAGGAUGGAGGAAAUCCUUCCCGUUCCAAUACGACACAGCUGCUGGUGAACGUGCUGGAUGCGAAUGAUAAUGCGCCACGGUUCUACACUUCCCAGUUCCAGGAAGCGGUGCUGGAAAGUGUUCCGGUCGGGUAUAAUAUUGUGCGCGUGCAAGCGUACGAUUCGGACGAGGGAGCAAACUCGGAGAUAACGUACAGCAUACAGAAUCGGGACGAUGGGAUGCCGCUGGCGGUUGAUCCACGGACCGGUUGGAUUCACACAACCAAGUCGCUGGAUCGUGAAGAGCAGAGCCGUUACAGCUUCCAGGUCGUUGCUGUUGACGGAGGAAUUCCUCCAAAAUCGGCGAGCACUUCCGUCAUUGUAACGAUUCAAGAUGUGAACGAUAACGAUCCGUCAUUUAGCCCGAAAUACUACGAAGCGAUGUUGGCGGAAGAUCAACCACCGGGUACACCGGUGACCACGGUGACGGCCACCGAUCCGGAUGAAGAUUCGCGGCUGCAUUAUGAAAUCACUGCCGGCAACACACGUGGUCGAUUUGCGAUAACAUCUCAGAACGGGCGGGGAUUGAUAACGAUUGCGCAACCGUUGGAUUACAAACAGGAGCGAAGGUUUGCGCUUACCAUCACGGCAACCGACAGCGGCCAGCGGACGGACACGGCCAUUGUGAACAUAAACAUAACGGAUGCGAAUAAUUUUGCGCCCGUGUUCGAGAAUGCGCCUUACAGUGCGUCCGUGUUUGAGGACGCUCCUGUUGGUACGACCGUUCUGGUUGUGUCGGCUUCGGAUAGUGAUGUGGGUAUUAAUGCACAAAUAACUUACCUGCUGAACGAUGAGUCUGUGAAUGGACUAGGUGCGAACGAACCGUUCACCAUUAACGCACAAACGGGAGCCAUCAUAACGAACGCGAAGUUGGAUCGGGAGAGUACGAGCGGAUACCUGCUGACGGUUACGGCAAAGGAUGGGGGAAAUCCUUCUCUUAGUGAUACGACGGAUGUGGAAAUCAGUGUGACGGACGUGAAUGAUAAUGCACCGGCGUUUAAAGUGCCCCUAUACCAAGCAACAAUUCCCGAAGAUGCCUUAAUCGGAACGUCAGUGGUACAGAUCGCUGCCACCGAUCUUGACAUGGGGCUUAAUGGCCGGGUCAAGUACGCUCUCAGCCAGAGGGAUAUGGACGAAGGUUCAUUUGUGGUAGACCCCAUUUCCGGUGUGAUACGUACCAAUAAAGGGCUCGAUCGCGAGAGCAUACCGGUGUAUCAUUUGACUGCUAUUGCAAGUGACAAGGGAACGCCAACAAUGAGCAGUAGCGUUGAAGUUCAGAUUCGACUGGAUGACGUAAAUGAUUCGCCACCAACGUUUCCCUCCGAUAAGCUGACGUUAUAUGUGCCGGAAAACAGUCCAGUCGGAUCGGUGGUUGGGGAGAUAUACGCCCAUGAUCCUGACGAAGGAGUCAAUGCGAUCGUGCACUAUUCGAUCAUCGGUGGUGAUGAUUCGAACUCGUUCUCACUGGUAACACGACCGGGGUCGGACCGGGCCCAACUACUCACCAUGACGGAACUCGACUACGAAUCACCGCGCAAACGUUUCGAGCUGAUCAUUCGUGCGGCAAGUCCACCGUUGAGAAAUGAUGUGUAUGUGGAGAUUCUGGUGACGGACGUUAAUGACAAUGCGCCGGUGCUGCGUGAUUUUCAAGUAAUUUUCAACAACUUCCGAGAUUGUUUCCCCAGCGGUGUAAUCGGGCGCAUUCCGGCGUUUGAUGCCGAUGUAACGGAUAAGCUUACGUACCGCAUCCUUUCGGGUAAUAAUGCAAACUUGCUACGAUUGAACAGCUCCACCGGAGGCUUAACGCUGAGUCCGCAAUUGAACACGAAUGUGCCGAAGUUCGCCACGAUGGAGGUGUCGGUAACGGAUGGGAUUAAUGAGGCGAAAGCGAUCAUGCAGCUUAUCGUACGGUUAAUUACGGAGGAUAUGCUCUUCAACUCGGUAACAGUUCGCUUGGAUGAGAUGACGGAGGAAGCAUUUCUGUCGCCGCUGUUGAGCUUCUUCCUCGAUGGGCUAGCCGCUAUAAUACCGUGUCCCAAGGAGAACAUUUUCCUGUUUUCCAUCCAAGAAGAUAUCGACGUGAGUGGAAAGAUACUGAACGUAAGUUUCUCCGCGCGCAGGCCAGAUGUGGCAUUUGAGGAGUACUACAGCUCCCAGUAUCUGCAGGAACGGAUUUAUCUAAACCGGGCCAUUCUGGCACGACUGGCAACGGUUCGGGUGCUUCCGUUUGACGAUAAUCUUUGUGUGCGCGAACCGUGUCUAAACUACGAGCAAUGUUUGUCCGUGCUGAAGUUUGGCAAUGCGUCGGGAUUUAUACACAGUGAUACGGUGCUAUUUCGACCGAUUCAUCCCGUCAACACGUUUGCGUGCAAGUGUCCGGAAGGGUUUACGGGCAGCAGGGAACAUUAUCUCUGCGAUACGGAAGUCGAUCUGUGCUACUCGGAUCCCUGCCAGAACGGUGGCAGCUGUAUGCGUCGAGAGGGCGGUUACUCGUGCGUAUGUACGGAGCAGUACACUGGAGUUAAUUGUGAAACGUCGAUCGCAGGUUUGAAACCGUGCAUUUCGGAAGUGUGCGGCGAUGGGUACAGCUGUCUUACGAGUGGACAAGGUGGACAUUGGCCACCGUACACGAAAACGUGCGAACUGAUGUCUCGAUCGUUCACGAGAAAUUCGUUCCUAACUUUCCCGGGCAUGAGGCAACGUCACCGGUUUAACAUACGGCUAAAGUUUGCGACGGUUCGUGAUAGUGGACUCCUUCUGUACAACGGACGAUAUAACGAGCAGCAUGAUUUCAUCGCGCUGGAAAUCAUCAACGGCAGGGUAAUAUUUUCAUUCUCCCUUGGCGACAAGGUGGAAACGGUGACGGUUAACCAGCAACGUAAAGUAUCGGACGGUAACUGGCACACUGUUGAGGUGAGGUACUUUAACCGCACCGUACUGCUGUCGCUAGACAGCUGUGAUACAGCAACGGCAUUGGCCGGGCUUGGAGAGCGUUGGAAUUGUGCGAAUCAAACGACCCUUGUGCUGGACAGACGGUGUGCAUCCCUGGUUGAACCGUGUCACCGAUUUUUCGACCUAACAGGCCCACUGCAAAUUGGUGGUCUGCCCAAAAUUCCCGCCUACUUCCAGAUACGUUCGCACAGCUUUAUUGGUUGCAUUUCUGACUUGUACAUCGAUCAGCGAUACGUCGAUCUGGGUGCGUACAUCGCGGACAAUGGUACGGUGGCAGGUUGUCCGCAGAAGGCAGCGUCGUGCGCAUCGGAACCGUGCUUCAAUGGUGGCACUUGCCGGGAAGGUUGGGGCGAAGGUUGGGAGUGUGACUGUCCCGAUGGUUUCACGGGCAAUGCGUGCCAGGAGUCCGUUGCGUUACCGUGGCGUUUUCACGGUGACGGCAUAUUAAGCUUCAAUCCGUUGCUUCGCCCGAUUCAGCUGCCCUGGUUGACCGCGUUUUCAUUGCGCACUCGCAAGCGUGAUACAUUCGUGAUGGAAAUCCAGGUUGGACAGAACAGCUCGGCUGUGGUGUCGCUGCGCGACGGCAUCCUGCAAUACCUGUACAACGGUGAACCGUUGCAGCUCGCUGGGGCCGACUUGGCGGACGGUCGUUGGCAUCGAGUGGAGAUUAAAUGGAUGGGAACCGAGGUGUCCCUUACGGUGGACUACGGCCAACGGAACGGUGUACUGCCGGUAACACAAAAGAUUCAAGGCUUGUACGUGGGUAGAAUUGUGAUCGGCGGAUUGGAGGGAACGAUCGGUCAGCAUUACGGUGGCCCGUCGGAAAACUACGAAGGAUGCAUACAGGAUGUGCGCGUCGGUGGUGUGCAGUCCGUGCUGAAGCGCCCAACGGUGCGCGAGAACGUGCUGGACGGGUGCGCAUCGAAUGCCAAGUGUCCCGACGAAUGUCCAGAAGAGUCUACCUGUGCGAGCAGCUGGGAUGAUGCGUACUGCGAAUGUUUGCACGGAUUCGUAGGCAACGAGUGCAAACCGGUCUGCACGGUAAAACCCUGCUCGGAUAAUGGCGUCUGUCGGGCGGACACGUUCAAUGCGAAGGGGUAUCGGUGUGAGUGCAACAGUAGCUUAAGUUCUGGAGAAUACUGUGAGAACACCGUGCAACAACCGUGCCCGGCCGGGUGGUGGGGUGAACGUAGCUGUGGACCCUGCAAAUGUAACGUAAAGCAGGGCUACCAUCCGAACUGUGACAAAGGUACGGGACAGUGCUACUGCCGGGAAAAUCACUACCAACCGGUAAACGAUACGAUUUGUCUACCGUGCGAAUGCUACACGGUGGGAUCGUACGGCAAAUCUUGCAACAGCUCGGGACAGUGCGAAUGUCGCGAAGGAGUGAUCGGUAGACGAUGCGAUUCUUGCUCCAAUCCGUACGCGGAAGUAACCCUGAACGGUUGUGAGGUUGUGUACGACGGAUGUCCGAAAUCACACUCAGCGGGUUUAUGGUGGCCGCGGACAGCGUUUGGAGAGCUAGCGGUCGAAAACUGCCCAGCACCGGCCCGGGGCAAGGGCACUAGACGCUGCGAUCAGGUGCAGAGCGGUUGGGGUACACCCGAUAUGUUUAACUGCACGUCGGAAGCAUUCCUGGACCUUCGUAAACAACUCUCCCAAAUCGAGGUGGACGGGCUGGAAUUGAACACGUUCAUUUCGGUCAAAGUGGCCGCAAAUCUGCAGCAGGCCUGCAUUAGUGUCGGUGGACAGGCUACUGAUAAGGAGGGCAGUGGAGUGCGCGAUAGCCGAAUGAAGGAUUUCUACACAAUCGAUUCUGAAAAGGCGAUGGGCGGUACCACUCUGUGGCGGGAAGAUGACUUUGAGCUGGACUAUCUGCUAAACGAUGGGCAAUCGUUCGUGCAGAGCAAACUGUAUGGUGCGGAUCUGCUGAUCACCGAUCGUAUGCUGCACGAGCUAAUGCGCUACGAGUCGUACCAGCAGGGAUUAAACCUUUCCCACAGCCAGGACAAACACUACGUUCGGAAUUUGGUAGAAAGCGCCGGGGAGAUACUGGAUCGACGUUACGCGGCCGAAUGGAAAAGGGUACACGACCUUACCGGACGUGGACCGGACGAUUUGGUGGAUGCGUUUAACCAGUACAUGAUCGUGCUGGCACGAUCACAACACGACACCUACACGAAUCCGUUCGAGAUUGUGCACAAAAACAUGGUGCUCGGCAUGGAUAUUGUAACGACGGAAUCACUGUUCGGCUACGAAUCACAGAUGGUGAAGCAGUUCAAUCAUGGCGCGAAGCAGCCAUCAAAAGGCAAACAGGAACCACCCGGUCACCAUCCCGAAACGGUUAUCCUGCCGGAUACGAGUUCGUUUUUGCAAAGCUUACCCAAACAGAAGCAGCCCAUGAUCGCGUUCCCGAAGUACAACAACUACAUACAGGAUCGAUCGAAGUUUGAUCGUCACACAAAGGUACUUAUCCCGCUGGACAUGCUGGGCAUUACGGCACCGGACAAGAACGAAAUAGUGAAUCAGAUUGCGGAACAUCGUGCGAUUUUUACCUACGCUCAGUACAAAGAUGCCGGCGAACUGUUUCCAGCCAAUUUCGAUGAAACCGUAACGCGCCGCUGGGGUGUCGAAAUGCAGAUCGCCAGUAGCGUGCUGUCGAUCGCAAUUGUAACACCUUCCACCGGUAAGGAAUCGUAUGUCCAAGCGUUCCCAUCUGCUGGCGGGGUGGAAAAACUCGCCAACAAUCAGGUGGAAACGAUUGCUCCUCCAACCGCCAAGCACGGAUCGGAACGAACGAAUGAAAAGCUAUCGCUGAACGAGAUUAAAAUAUCGAUACAUGAUAUGAGCGAUCAGGACGAAGGGCUGGACACGCUGGAUCAGCACGCACCGCAAGUCCCGAUGGUAAACACGGCCGAGACUGGGGAAGAUUUUUUCCACGAUGACGAUCUCCCUGAAACGGUGGUGCUGGCUCGAAGCGAUAAGGGUUCGUCCAUGGAACGAUCGUCCCAAGAGGAACCGUACCGGAAACGGCGUAGAAGCAUUGUAACGGCUGACGAUGGUUUCACCGAACAGCCCGAGAUGGAUUCGACGUCUCGCACGAAUUAUGUCCCGCUCGGACAAACACAUCUGAAGCAAGCGCUUAAAUUGCAAAUGUGGUUAAACAUUCCGCGGAAUCGAUUUGUGUCCCGAUCCAAUCCACAAUGCGUCCGCUGGAAUACGCAUGCAAACCUAUGGACACGGAUCGGGUGCCAGACGGAAAUACCGAACUAUGAAUCGAUCGGUAGCAACGAUACGAUUUUAGUUAAUUGCACAUGCAACCAGCUAGCCACUUAUGCGGUGCUGGUAGACAUUAUCGACCCGGAGGACAUACCGGAACCGUCGCUGCUGGUACAAAUUACUUCCUUCUCAGCGUUCAUGCUUUCGUUGCCGGUUCUGUUUGCGGUCAUCAUAUCGUUGGCGCUGCUUCGUGGACUUCAGACAAACUCAAACAGUAUUCAUCAGAAUUUGCUGUUUUGCAUUUUCUCCGCGGAGUUGCUGUUUUUCGUCGCCAUACAGGCGCGAAGAGAUCUGCUGGACAAUGAGUUCCCGUGCAAACUGGUUGCUAUUGCGCUGCACUAUUCUUGGCUGGCGGCAUUCGCGUGGACCACGGUGGAUUGCGUGCAUCUGUACCGCAUGCUAACCGAAAUGCGUGACAUUAACCAUGGACCGAUGGGUUUCUAUCAUACGAUAGGGUACGGUGCGCCUGCAUUGCUCGUGGGCCUUUCCGUUGGUGUGCGAGUGCAUGAGUACGGAAACAGUUUGUUCUGUUGGCUAUCGGUGUACGAGUCCGUUAUCUGGUGGAUGGUUGGACCAAUCGCAAUCGUUUCAGUGUUCGAUCUGUUUAUCCUAUUCCUAUCGGUAAAGGCUGCCUUCACGAUCAAGGAUCAUGUGCUAGGAUUCGGCAACUUGCGCACUCUGCUGUGGUUGUCCGUCGUGUCGCUUCCACUGUUGGGAAUUAUGUGGGUUCUAGCAGUGCUGUCUGCGUCAGAAAACUCGCAAUUGCUCAAUGUGCUCCUCUCGGCCGUGAUCAUUAUGCAUUCACUGUUUUCCGUGAUCGGAUAUUGUAUAAUCAACAAACGUGUCCGUGAAAAUCUCCACAAUGCCUUUUUGCGUUGCAUCGGUCGUAAAGUACCACUGCUCGAAUCUUCGAUCGCAAUCAGCAAUAGCUCACAGAACGUUGGUUCACCGAAAACGCCCGGCUUUGCGGGUGGUUCCGGUGGACAGUAUGAUACAGCACGGAGAAACAUUGGCAUCAGCACAUCUAGCACAACUUCACGCAGCACAGCGAAAACUAGUUCCAGUCCAUAUCGUAGCGAUGGUCAGUUUAGGCACACUUCAACUUCUACCUCGAACUACAACAGCGACGGUGUGGCUUCAUACAUGCGUGGGCAUUAUGAUGAUAGUGCUCUGCGUAAGAUUAAAAACGGUGGACGAGACGGGGAACGUCGCAGUCAUAGAAGACAUCGUCGAGAUUCGGAUUCUGGUAGUGAGACGGAUGGCAGAAGUCUGGAGCUGGCCUCGAGCCACUCAAGCGACGAUGAGGAAUCGCGCGUUGGACGUAACAGCAGCACACAUCGCAGCACCGGCGUAUGCAGUACAUCGUAUCUACCAAACAUUACAGAGCAUGUUGCGACAACUCCACCGGAGCUGCAUGUUGUGCAGAGUCCGCAGCUGUUCCCGAACGUUACACCAACCAGAUGGCCCACCCAGAAUGCUGGUAAUUAUUUACCUCCUGGAAAUGGUCGAUGGUCUCAGGAAACAGCUUCCGAUAAUGAAGCCCAUCCUCACAAAUCUCCAACAAACGGUGGUUCACUGCCGAAUCCGGAUAUAACGGAAACUUCAUACCUGCACCAGAAUCGGAUGAACAUGCCACCGUCGAUUUUGGAAAACAUUCAAGAAAACUACAACAUCGGCUACUCCAACACAGACCUACGCGGUGAUCGAAAUUAUAGUAAUUACGGUAAUGCGGAUAACUAUGUGCCUCCGGCAGAUUACGCAAAGCGGUACGAUUCGCAAGCAUCGGUCAACCCUUCCAGUACUCUUCCCCAUCAUUACGCAUCCUCGGUGAAUGGCAGUACUGGUGGAGGGGUACCGAUCGCUGAAGCACGCCAUACAGGUUCGAUGCAGGUCAUCAAUCAUAUGCGUGCAUACCAGCACGAAAAUCCGUACGCACUGAAAGAAUCGCUGUACGAGCGGUCCCGAACGCUUGGAUAUGGUUCGAACGCUGGAGGCGCCGAGUCACCGUACCACGGACAUCCACUGACUGCUCCAAAUGAUUUGUACAGCCCACCCGGUUCGCAUGUCAUGUCAUUCAAAUCGAGCGUGCAAUCGCUGCUAAAGAACGACUAUCAGCAACAGCAGCGCCAACACCAUAAGCACCAUCAGGCAGGAAAUGGUGGCGAAUCGGACCGAAUGUCGGAAGGGUCCGAUAAAAAUCCGUACAAUUUCCCGUAUACCGCCGAGGAGGACCAUCUGGUGCACAACGGUGGUUCGAGGAUGCAUCACACCGGUGCGAUGGACAACAUGGGCCAAAUGGAGCAUAUUGCUUCCUCUCCACCGCCCCCACAGCUAGUUAUGCGUGGCCCUGAUGGGCUUUCACCUGCACCGUUGCAAUCCAUAGGACAGAUCAACGGUGGAAACGAUAGCUGGUGUUGGGACCGUCUAAAAAUGUUAGAAUAA